AUGGCUGAUAUCAAAUCAGGAGGUGCUGGUGUGGUGCUCGACCACGAUGUCCUCGGCGACAAGGCUGUUCUCUCUCACGAUGAGGCCAUGCAUUUUGGCGCGCUUAGCGAAGAGGAGCUUGCCGUCGAGAAGAGACUGGUCCGCAAGAUCGAUCUCCUGAUCAUGCCGUUGAUUGUGCUGGUCUACUUGAUGAACUACAUUGAUCGAAACAAUUAUGCCGCUGCUCGAUUGCAAGGCCUUGAGGAUGAUUUAGGCUUGCAUGGUGAUCAGUACCAGACUGGUCUUUCCAUCCUCUUCGUCAGCUACAUCUUGGCUCAAGUGCCAUCCAAUCUCUUGCUCAAUCACCUCGGCCGGCCUUCUCUAUACCUGGGCUUCUUUGUAUGCGCCUGGGGCCUGGUGUCUGCGUUGACUUCCCUCGUCAAGAGCUAUGGCGGAAUUGUCGCCUGUCGUUUUAUGCUUGGAUUGGUCGAGGCACCUUUCUUCCCAGGUGUCCUCUUCUACCUUUCUAAGUGGUAUACUAAGAAAGAAUUGAACCUACGAAUGUCCAUCUUCUACUCCGGCUCCCUCGUUAGCGGUGCAUUUGGAAAUCUCAUCGCUGCGGGUAUCCUGAGCGGCUUGGCUGGCAAGAUGGGCAUGGCAGCAUGGCAAUGGCUGUAUGUCAUCGAAGGCUCCAUCACAUGUUUCAUCGGCCUGAUCAUCAUAUUUGUCCUCCCCGACUUCCCCAGCACCUGGAAGCGUCUUCCAUCCGACAUGAAACAUGUGGCCAACCGCCGCCUUGCGAUCGAAGCCGCCGAAGCCGAUGUGGACGAAGCAGGCGGAAUGUCGCAGUGGAAGGGGUUUAAACUCGCCAUGACCGACUCCAAGACCUACAUGCUUGCCAUUGCCUACAUGUGCAUUACUGGAGCAGCUGGAUUCCAAAAUUUCUUCCCUACUCUUACGGCCACUCUCGGCUACAACCACAUCGUCUCGCUCCUCCUCUGCGCCCCUCCGUAUUUGUUCAUGGUCUUCUACUCCUUCGCCCAUUCCGUCUUUUCGGACCGCAUGGGCAACCGCUUCUGGUUCUUCAUGUAUCCGAUUCCGAUCACGAUCGUCGGCUGGAUCAUCUUCAUGACGACCGACUCCUUUGGACCGCGAUACUUCAGCUUGUUCCUUAUGAACUUCAUCUUUGCCAUGAAUGGCACUUGCUACGCAUGGAUCGCUUCGGCCAUUCCGCGCCCUCCGGCCAAGCGCGCCGCAGCAUUUGCCUUCAUCAACUCGAUCGGCAACUCCGCCUCGAUCUGGACACCAUACACGUACCGCGACCAGGACAAACCGUACUAUCGUCUUGCCCUCGGCAUCAACAUUGGCCUGCAGGCCGUGGCUGCCAUCAUGGGCAUCAGCAUGCGCAUCAAGCUCACUCGCCAGAACAUGCGGUUGGAGAGGAUGGAGAACGAAGACGUGCCGUUGACAGAGCGCGAUCUGCAGAAGCUGAGGAAGACGGCCGACAUCGAGGGCAUCGAUCUUGCAGCGGCGAGACGGUUGCAGAAGGGUUACCGGUAUAUGAUCUAA